UCUGAUGAAUUAGUCCCACCUCUCCAAUCACGUCGUCCAAAUGGGUGGCAUCAAAGGAACGAAAGUGCGGCUCCCGCGGUAAAUUGGGACAGUCGUCGUACAUCAUUUCCUCGUCCAGAUGCAUGGGGAGGAGGUAGUCGUAGUGAAAUGGGAUAUUCCACGUCUCAACGUGGUGGAUGGAGUGAUCGUGCAUCAUCUCAAGGUGACCGCUGGAAUGCUGGCUAUCGUGGUAACAACCGACAUAAUUCGGGUUCCGGUUAUGGUGGUCGUGGCGGUCCUGUUACUGAAGAUACGUUUGAUGGUUACGGUUCUUGGCGUGAUGGUGUUCACGUUGUUCCUCAAAGAAAUCAACGCAUGGAACGUGAUUUAUUUGGCUCUCCUGAGGAUCCUGAUCGUCAACACACUGGUAUCAAUUUCGAAAAAUAUGAUGAUAUCCCUGUUGAAGCUAGUGGAAACAACGUUCCAGAAUAUGAACAUCUUCUCUCUAAUAUUGAAUUGGCUCGUUACUCUGUUCCCACACCAGUUCAAAAAUAUUCAAUACCGAUCGUCUCGACUGGUCGUGAUCUUAUGGCUUGCGCACAAACGGGUUCUGGUAAAACUGGUGGUUUUUUAUUCCCCAUUUUGUCGGAGCUUUUUAAACAUGGCCCACCUGAACAAACUGGUUCCCGUAACAUGUAUCGUAGUCGCAAAGCUUAUCCAGUUGCAUUGGUCCUUGCACCGACACGUGAAUUAGCUAUGCAAAUUUAUGAUGAAGCACGAAAAUUUGCCUAUCGUUCUUGGGUAAGACCGUGUGUUGUUUAUGGUGGCGCUGACAUUUCUUCACAAUUGAGACAAAUUGACCGUGGAUGUGACCUUUUGACCGCUACACCUGGACGACUUGUGGAUUUGAUUGAACGUGGUCGCGUAAGUUUAUCUCAAAUACGAUAUUUAGUUCUUGAUGAAGCUGACCGUAUGUUAGAUAUGGGAUUUGAACCUCAAAUUCGUCGUAUAGUAGAAAAUGAAGGUAACGCGUUUAUUUGGUUACUGAAAUUUUUAAAUUCUCAUUUAUUUAUUAUUUUAAAUUCUGUUGUUGUAGAUAUGCCUGGUGUCAAUGAUCGACAAACGCUUAUGUUUAGCGCCACUUUUCCUCGAGACAUUCAAGUUCUUGCUCGUGAUUUUUUGAAGGACUAUGUUUUCUUAAGUGUUGGGCGUGUCGGUAGUACAAGUGAGAACAUCACCCAAAAGAUUGAAUAUGUUGAAGAUGAUGAUAAACGAUCGGUGUUAUUAGAUAUCCUACAUGCUCAACCAGAUUCUGAUCAUGGACUUACAUUAAUCUUUGUUGAAACAAAACGCAUGGCUGAUAUGUUGUCAGAAUUUCUUGUUCAAUCAGGUUUUCCUGCUACAUCAAUUCAUGGUGAUCGAUCACAGCGUGAACGUGAACGCGCUUUAGAAUCUUUUCGUACAGGUCGAACACCUAUCAUGGUGGCGACUGCUGUGGCCGCCCGUGGGUUAGACAUUGUUAAUGUCACUCAUGUCAUCAAUUAUGAUUUACCUACAGAUAUUGAUGACUAUGUACACCGAAUUGGUCGUACUGGACGUGCUGGUAAUGUUGGAAUAUCAACGGCAUUCUUCAAUCGUGGUAAUAAAGGAAUUGUUAGAGAAUUGAUUGAACUGUUAAGAGAGGCCAACCAAGAAAUUCCUCCCUGGUUGGAAACUAUUGCAAGAGAGACUUCAUCUAAUUAUGGUUCUCGUAGCGGUAAUAGUGGUCGUGGUCGAGGCCGCGGUCAAAAUCGUGAUUAUCGUAAAUUUGGUAGUAAUAGUGAAAGAGGCAGCUAUGGAAGUGGUGGCAAUGAUUAUUAUUAUGGUGGUGGAAAUUACGGGGGUGGUUAUGGUGGUGGAAAUUAUGGUACAUCAAAUGGAUAUAGUAACAAGCAAAGUUGGUGGUAG